ACAAUUUGUAAAUUAUGGCACAAAGUAAACUAGAACGGGUUGGGACAAUUUUUUCAAGAUUGUCAUCAAUAAUUCUAGGUGGUGGUAUGCAAGAGCAUAAUAUACCAAUAUGGUAUAAUGUAUACAAAGCUUUUCCCCCAAAGUACGAACCUCGUUUUAAUAGACCUGCAUCUCAGAAGCCAUUAAGAAAUAUUUUUUAUGAUGAAGAUGUAGUAAGAGCCAAAUUUCAUGAAGAUAUCAAGAAUCUUCCAAGGGUAAAUUUGAACAGCAAGACUAAAACUGUGACUGCAACAUUUCUUAAUUUAUACACACAGUUUCAAAAGGAUGGGUUAAAUCCAGAAGGUGCAUACGAAGCAGCACUGAUAAGAUAUACUUCAAUGCAUUCAAGCAAAAACAGAACAAACAGAGUUGAGAAUUUUAAUGACAGUAAUACUAAAAUUAAAACAUAAGGAUCAUACUGUUCUGGGUGUAUUUGUACUACAGAUUAAAGAGUUAAGAAAGGAUUUAAAUCCUUUAAAUCCUUAAAAAAGGAACGAAGUUACCCGAUUUAUAACUAACCACCCCUUUACCGCGAAUCUUACUCCCCCGCUCAGUUCAUGCUCCGUCUAUAUAUGUCUAUUAAUUUUUUAGCAACAGAA